GUGUCCGUGUGUGUGUGUUUGUGUGUGUGUGUGUGUGUGUGUGUGUGUGUGUGUGUUUGUGUGUGUGUGGAUUUAACUGAACCCCCUAUUUUUUACAUAAUACAAACACUUGCAUUUCCCCAACAUAGCCACUAGGUGGCGUGACAGCACCCAGCUACCCUUCGUCUCGUACACGCCGCGGGCAAGCGUUGGAUUGCGCCCUGAUAGGUGAUUUGACUUAAAAUAUCCAUGCAUUCAUUUGUUUUUUAUUUUUAACUUUUCUUAACGUUCAAAUUAUCCUUUUUCUUUUUAUUAUUAUUAUUGGUUGCAUAUUUGCGUUUUAUUUGAGUUACCCUUUUAUUGAACAGAUUGGCAUUGGCUCUGCUACGACCAAGGCUGCUGUCCAAUGUUGCCACUGGUAACCUGAUGUCCUGCAUUAUGUUUUUGUUUGGGUCUGGCUCGUAUAGGCAGAGGGGCGGGCGUCCCCGUGCUAGUAGGUUGCGCGGUGACGUUAGGUGGUUGUAUUGAGAGCGCCUUCAGAUAUUGCGCAGGUAAUGGGCUACCAAUUCGGUUUGAUCUGUCCGGGUGGAGAAGGAAUAUUGCGACUUUUUAGGAUGGAUUUUCCUGUACACUUGUUUUUUUCAUCCAAUUGUUUAACAUAAUUUUUCUUUUUUGGAUGCUGUAUGCGUAAAAAGGCGUGCGUUAUUAAUUUGUAAUAUUUAUUUGAGGUCUGGACGUCGCAACAUUGCCCAGAUUACGUGUGCGCGUGUUUUUGUGUGUGUGUGUGUGUGUGUGUGUGUGUGUGUGUGUGUGUGUGUGUGUGUGUGUGUGUGUGUGUGUUUGUGUGUGUGUGUGUGUGUGUGUGUGUGUGUGUGUGUGUGUGUGUGUGUGUGUGUGUGUGUGUGAGUGUGUUUGUGUGUGAAUUCGAACGCAUACGCACGCCUGCGUUUCCACGCCUUGAGUGUGGAUAGAACUCAAGAAGUACCGUGUGUGUGUUUGUGUUUGUGUGUGUGUGUGUGUGUGUGUGUGUGUGUGUGUGUGUGUGUGUGUGUGUGUGUGUGUGUGUGUGUGUGUGUGUGUGUGUGUGUGUGUGUGUGUGUGUUUGUGUCUGGUAAGCUUAACGGAUGAGUCGUAGCAGAAGUUGAACGGUCACGCUCCUGAUUUCCCAUCGAUUGGAAUAUCCUUCUCGGCCGUUCUGCAACCCGCGUGAUUAAGCUGGCUUGCUUUUACGCAUGGUUAUAGGCAAUCAAAGCAAGGGUAGGUAGGCUUUUUUGAAAGGGACGAUGGGGGUUGCAGAGAGCGACAGGGGGCUCCAGCAGCUCCAGACCCCGCGCGCCUUUAACGGCCAGAGCCAGCUGCGGCCACGUGCAUGACCGUGCGUCAACAGGAUGCCCUCUUGGUCUGAGCGCGUGGAGUGCUUCUACUUCAACUGCAGCAGAGAGGAGAACGAGACGUGGAACGGGGACCCCUUGACCCCUCUAAAUUAUUACUCCAUCCCCCUGCUCACGGCCAUCACAGUGGCGUGCACACUUCUGUUUCUGGUCGGGGUGGUCGGCAACGUCAUGACCAUUCUGGUGGUAAGUAAGUACCGGGACAUGCACACCACCACCAAUCUGUACCUGUGCAGCAUGGCCGUGUCCGACCUGCUCAUCUUUCUGUGCAUGCCGCCGGACCUCUACCGCAUGUGGCGCUACAGACCCUGGCGCUUCGGGGACGCGCUCUGCAAGCUCUUUCAGUUCGUUUCCGAGUCUUGCACGUACUCCACCAUCCUGAGCAUCACCGCGCUGUCCGUCGAGCGCUACCUGGCCAUCUGCUUCCCGCUGCGGGCCAAGGCGCUGGUCACCAAGAGGCGAGUGCGCGCGCUCAUCCUGCUGCUCUGGAUCGUUUCCCUGACGAGCGCGGGGCCCGUGUUCGUGAUGGUCGGAGUGGAGCGGGACUACGUAUGGGGCGGGAGCAACGAGUCGAGCUUGGAGCGGGAGGAGAGCGCCGGGGACACACGGGAGUGUAAGAUGACGCACUACGCGGUGGAGUCGGGCCUGAUGGGCGCAAUGGUAUGGCUGAGCUCCGUCUUCUUCUUCAUGCCGGUGUUCUGCCUCACGGUGCUCUACGGCCUCAUCGGCCGCAGGCUGUGGCAGAGACACCGUGAGAACAUUAUGGGCUCCCGCGUGGCGCAUCGGGACAAGAGCAACAGGCAGACCAUCAAAAUGCUGGUGGUCGUCGUGUUUGCCUUCGUCCUGUGCUGGCUGCCCUUCCACGUGGGCCGCUAUCUCCAGUUCCGCUCCCUUGAUGCUCCGUCCCCGAUGCUGUCCGCUCUCUCGGAGUACUGCAGUCUCGUGUCCGUGGUGCUCUUCUACCUGAGCGCUGCAGUCAACCCCAUUCUGUACAACACCAUGUCGUGGAAAUACCGAUGUGCGGCAGUGCGCCUCUUCGGGCUGACCGAAGGGCCCCGACCGCGCGGACGCACCGCCAGCACCCUAAAAGGAGAGGGCUGCUCGCCAGGCUGGAGGGAGUCCACGGUUAGUCUCUAAAUGACUUUGAAGUUUCGGACAUGGACAUACAUUUUAAUCUCAGUGUUGAGACAAGAUAAUAAUUGACUUUGGGGAUGGUUGGAUGUCGAACUUUUCUGUUUCGGGAACAACGUUUGAUGCUUGGCUUCAGUUAUGACUCCCUAGUCCCUGAAUUACGACGCGCUCAAAGGAACACUGAACAUCGAUCCUUGGUUAUCAAUCCAAGUUAUUGCUCAAAGCAAGUGCCAUCUGCUACUCGUGCAUCAUAGUCUGUAUUCAUUAAACAACAAUAAACAUUCUAGCCUUCAGUGCGCACUGCGUAUGCAGAUCCAGUUAGGGCCUGGUGAUCCCAAAUCAGAACAACACGCCAAGCAGUAAACGCAGUUGAAGAAGCACCGCACACAUAUGUCGAACAUAACGAUCACUGUAAUUGCCUUAUGAUGUGAUAAAAUCAUAUUCUGGAUGACAAGGAAGCACUGUAGAACUUUGAACCACAUAUCUGCUCUUCAUUCCAGAGGACAGGUUGGUGUGUGUGUGUGUGCGCGCGUGUAUGUGUGUGCGUGUGUGUGUGCGUGUGUCUUUGCGUGUGCGCUUGUGCGUGUUUGCGUGUGUGUGCCUGUGUGUGUGUGUGCGUGUGUUUGUUUGUGUGAGAGAGAAAAUUAGAAAGACAGACUCAGGUGUUUUGUCUUUUGCAACUAUUCUCUUGGUAUGAGGUAACAGUAUAUAUUAAGUGUAAACAGACUAGUGUGUAAUUUGGAUGUUUUGAAGUUCUGCUUGUGAGCAGAGAUGAAUGGUUAAUCUAGUGAAGGCCCUGCGGCUUGGCCAUGCAUGCCUAUAUCGUGUAGUAUGCUAAUGGACACAUUCAUAUGAGAAACAGAUCUACUUGAACAAAGAAGAAAACAUUUGAAUGCUGAAAAAAAAAAAGUAGCCUAAUGAUCGAAUAGGACCAAUUUGGUCUCGGUGGUGAAUAACGCUGUGAAAACAUCCCAAAGAACAUCGGCGGUCGGACGACUUAAACCCUACUUUCACUCACUUGUUAUCUCUGUGAAACAAAGCUCUGUCUCAACAACAUGUUAUCAUAUGGUGGUCAUCGUGGGUGUACCAAAGGUACGAAAAUAAUUCAUCAUUACUUCUAUUUCCUUAAAGGGACACUUUAUUUAACUUUUUUUUUUUUAUUCCAGCUGGAACAGUAUGUUCACUAGCUUUUAAAGUUAUAUGGAAAUGUAUGACAUUAGAUAUGGGAUUUGAGAGCGGGAAAAACAACAACAUAAAGAUAAUAUAAGAAUAGCAUCCAGUAUAGCCUUAAUGGGACAGCUGGGCCUUGUUCAGGCCCAGGUGGAAUUCCAAAAUGAAAAAAGCAAUUAGAGACCUAAAGAAUCGGAUUACACGUUAAAUACUCCUCAUUCCUCAUUCCAUUUCACCAAGUGGCAUGUCACUUUUAUUAUUAAACAUACUUGUGAAACUUUCUCUAAAGAACUUUAGAUACCUACUCCAGUUUAUUGUUUAUUCUGCUCUAUAGAGGGGAUUAUAAUAUGUAUGCCAAUAUGGGAUGUAUGUUCAGAUGACUUUACAUUUGAGGUGAAUGACUUUAUCUUGGGAAAACCACAACAAUUCCACUGUGAGGAACGGGAAAACUGUGGAGUUAAAAAAAGUGAUAUAGUUUCAUGCCUUAACUUGUGAAUAGAUCCUUUGUGUGGUUUGUAUAGGGCUGUUUGUUUUUUAAUAACUUUCAUCCAUGCAGUCAGUGCUACAGUCUUCAUGGCUACGCAUUCAUACUUGAAAUCUCUGAAAACCAACGCACUCACGCACACAAACAAACACACAUGUAUGUGUAUGUUAAUGAAUGUACCCUGUUAUAUACACUGAUGUCAUUCAGAUAAAAUUUAAGUUUUAAAGAAACAUUGUAAAUAUUUCCUGUUCAGGGGGGGGGCUAUGCGUUAUUCAAUGGAUUAUACAGUUCUAUAACUGUUUGUUUAUUAUGUUGAUGAAAAUGUCUUGUCAAAAUAAACAAUAGAAAAGUGA